AUGGCUUCAUUUGUGGUUAGGUUUAUCGCUCUCUUACUCCAGCAAAACAAAAAGAACUAUUGCUACAUUCUACUGUUGCACGGCUCUUUAAUGUUUUUUAAAAAGAAGAUGACCAGGAGGGAUCUCUUUUUAUUAGGUGUGCCUGUCUACAUAGACAAGCAAAAUGACUUUAUGACUCGUGUAUACAACACCAGCAACCUUUUGUAUUAUACCUGUGAAGAAGCAGCAAAAGCAAAAUUCAAAGCUUACAGUAACAUCAACAACGGUUUGAAAAUUGGAAUAGGUUUCGAAUCACACAAAAAAAAUAUAAAUGACACACGAGCUAAACUAAGUAACAUCUCCAAAUUAAUCCUAAAAUUUAAAAAGACGCUAACACGAUUUCGUUUCAAGCGGAGAGAAAUUGGAAAAAAGGACACUUUAAUUAUUCCUAGAAUUGUUAUCAUUAAUGCUAGGGGCAUUUUGAAAAAUUCAGCGCACCGUUUAACCCAAUACGAAAAUCUUAUCACAAUGAUUGAUGAUAUAGCUUUGAUAAUGAUUACCGAUCUACACCAGUGA